GAGGCUGGAAUAAUCAUGUUAGGGCUCGUCAUAGAGCAGGAGCUGAGGUAUGCACGCAAACCUUCCAGGACGGUGAGAAACCGGUAAGAUGAAGAAAGCAAGCAAGAGUGAAGGCUGGAACUUGCAGGGUGGAUCACAAAGAAGCAGAGACUGACAGACAGACAUGUGUGACUGAGCGGCUCCUUCACAUCAUUCACAGAAGUUCGGAGGAGUGCUACUCUCAUGGCAGGACCAACCACACAGGAGCCCCUGAAGACCCAGCAGAAGUGCAUUGCGAUCUUUGCCCUUGUCUGCUGCUUUGCAGUGCUGCUGGCACUGAUCUUCUCCUCUGUGGAAAUUUGGGAUGAUGAAGAUGGGAUCACAGAGGAAAACUGCAGCAGGAACUGCCAAAUUGUGCUUGUGGAGAAUAUUCCAGAUGAGCUCUCUCUUCACAUGGAUGGCAGAUUGCAUUUUCCUCUCUCUGCUGGCUUUCACUUGCUGCUGGACCAAGCAAAGCACUCAGUUGAAGUGGUGUCAUCUGUCUGGGACUUAAACUCCUGGGAUGUGGAGCCAAUACCAAGCAAUGCCAAACAGGGUCAGCUUUUGUUCCAGCAACUGCUCAGUUUGAAGUCUCGUGGGGUUAAACUGAAGAUUGCAAGUACUAACACUAACUCCAGUGAGCUGAAGGUCUUGCAGGAACACCAUGCUGAGAUUCAUUUUCUUAAUAUGAAAGCUCUUACCAGAGGAGGACUACAUUCUUCAUUCUGGAUCGUGGAUCGGAAGCACAUUUACAUCGGGAGCGCUGAUAUGGACUGGAGGUCGCUCUCCAAGAGGAAAGAACUUGGGGUGUUAGUUUAUAACUGCAGCUGUCUGGCCCUGGACCUCCACAGAGUCUUUUUAUAUUACUGGCAGCUCCAUGACAAGGACUACAUCCCCUCCAUCUGGUCGAAGAGAGUUACAGCCCUCUACGGGAAGCAGGAUGCUCUGGAGCUACAGCUCAAUGCUACCCCAGCCACUGCUUACCUGUCUACCUCUCCUGAAAUCUUCUGCUCCAAAGAUCGUACCAGAGAUGUAGAGGCCAUCUAUCAAGUAAUCCAGAAUGCCAAAACUUUUAUUUACAUAUCUGUGACAGACUACCUCCCUCUGGUUAAGAGGAGUUUCAGAGGAACUUCGGUCACAAGGUAUUGGUCACCAAUCGAUGAGGUGAUCAGAGAAGCUGCGGUAUUGAGAGGAAUCAGAGUUCGCCUGCUCAUAAGUUUCUGGAAGAAAACUCACCCUCUCACGUUUAACUUUGUGACCUCCCUCAAGUCUCUAUGCAUGCAACUUCACAACUGUUCCCUUGAUGUGAGGUUUUUCAGUCAGAAGGAGCAGAAAGAUGACUUCCAACUUGGACUGAACCACAACAAGUACAUGGUGACUGACAAUGCCAUUUAUCUCGGAAACCACGACUGGGUUGGAAGUGACUUUGCAGUUAAUGCAGGAGUCGGGCUGGUUGUCAAGAUGAAAGGUGGUGAAGAUGAAGGAAAAACAGUCCUGGAUCACAUUAAGGCUGCAUUUGAAAGAGACUGGAACUCCCGUUAUGCAAAAAGCCUACAAGGAAGCAAAGAUCAGCAGGGAAAAUACAAACACAUGAAAUGGCCAAAAGAUCAAAGGGAAACCAAGAAGGAAAACUACUGGAAAAACCCAUAACCCCAGAAUGUCUUACUAUCUCUUAAAGCCUUAUAUGCCUGAGUGCUGUAGAUUAUACAGACACGUACACAAAUACUCACUGAGAGCCACACUAUUAGGCUUGAUUUUGCAACCUUAUUGUGACAUAUUCAGCUUUAGCCACCAAGCACAGUCAAGCCCAAAUGCUGUUUUAACUCAGCAGUAUCUUCCAGUAAAAAGCACCUUAAUCAAUUCUCAACCAUUAUAAGCAUGCACUGCUGCACGAAUAGUAAAAACUAAUAUUUAGUUACAAACUAUAUACAUUUACUAUCCAAAGUAACAAACUAUACAAGGUUCCCUCAAAUGGUGAUGGAACAAGAGAAUCAGGGCUGAAUGUGAAGUCCAUAUUUAAAUACCAUGAAACUCAUCACAAUUUAUAUUAACAUUUAGUUAAAAAUGGCAAUCUAUCAUUUUUGUUUACAGUCUUUAUUUGUUUUCAGUAAGCUUUUUUUCUUGUUUUAAUGCUUCUUGCUAUACAUCAGAUUGUAGGCUUUUUAGGCCACAAUAUAUUGCAUUUAGUUGUUAUUCUGCCCACCUCUGGAAUGACUCACUUGUGCAGUAGUUUUGACAAAACAUCUCAGUGAAAUCUUUUCUACUUGGUUGGUGCUGUUUUUAUUUCUGCAUGCUGGGAUGUGUAGGAAUGCCAACAUGUACACAUAAAUUCCAAGAAAAUAAUGUAGGAUAGUUAUCUAUCUAUCUAUCUAUCUAUCUAUCUAUCUAUCUAUCUAUCUAUCUAUCUAUCUAUCUAUCUAUCUAUCUAUCUAUCUAUCUAUCUAUCUAUCUAUCUAUCUAUCUAUCUAUCUAUCUAUCUAUCUAUCUA